AAACAACAAGAAAUAUAGCUGGAGAAAAACAAAAAAAAGAAGAAAGAAAAGUUGGAUGGGCGAGAGAAUCAUGAACUUCAAAUGAAUGAGUAUUGAAUAUUGAACAGAGGAGCGUGUUUCCAGAAACCUGCCUUCUCUCUCUCUCUCUCUCUUCUCUCUCUUUAGAGUAGUGUUUAUAUCAUGUGGGCCUCACUCAAUUCGCUCUCGCGAACGUUUUCUUCUUCAUCUGCUGAUUCCUUUUUGCUCUGUUCUGCGCGCUUUUAAUUUGUUGUAACAAACGCCCCCAUCAUCCACCUUCCCAACCAAACCCUGACUAUUAUUAUUGCUCUGACCGAUCCAGUUGAUCUGCAUCACCAUUUCCAAAUAUAUUUCUCAAACCAGUUUUUGCUUAUAUAUGGCGAAGACUGCAUUCCUCCCCUCUAUUUACACUACCUGAUGCUCUGAUCAAAUUUUCUUCAUGACCAGUUUAAGCAGGAUAAGGAGGGGCUUAAUCUUCUGGUUUUGAGAAGUAAAUCAACUAUAUCAGUUUCUCAAAUGUUCAGAGGUAACAACGGCAAUACUGCUGCACCGUCUUUUCUUGAAAAUCAUCUUCAAUAUCCGGAAGAUGUCUCAAAUCAGCUGCAGUUUUGUGGAAAUUUACCUGUAGAAUUUCAUGCUGAUCCUGUAAAUUAUCUUGGAAGUAACAAUGGCCCUCCAUACCUCCUGCCAAAUAAAUGUGGCAGGGAUGCUGAAGCCAUUCCCAGGCAGCAGAAACUUCUGUUUUCCUUAAACAAUAAUACUUCAAAUGAUGAAUCUGAGAGAAAAGCCAGCACGUUGAACCUAAAUCCUGUGUCUACUGGUUUAAGGCUCUCUUAUGAUGACGAGGAGCGAAACUCCUCUAUCACUUCUGCAAGUGGAAGCCUGACAGCAGCAUCGUCAGUUUUUCCUUAUCUGAGCAACGACAUCAAAAGAGAGCUUGAUCAGCAAAAGGAAGAACUCAAUCACUUUAUCAGAACUCAGGAAGCUAAUAUGGUGAAAGGGGUUAGAGACAUGAGGCACAGACACAUGGCUUCUUUUGUUACUGCCAUAGAGAAAGGUGUAAGCAGAAAGCUGCGCGAGAAAGAUGCAGAACUGGAGACCAUAACCCGCAGAAACAAAGAACUGGUCGAGAGCAUGAAACAAGUAACGAGUGAAGCCCAGAACUGGUGCUAUAUGGCCAAGUACAACGAGUCAAUCGUGAACGUUCUGAAAACAAAUCUCGAGCAAGCAAUGCAAGGGUCAAAUGCAGGAAAAGAAGGGUGUGGAGAGAGCGAUGUGGAUGAUGCUGCGUCUUGCAUUGAUCCGAACAACUACCUCAGCGUCUCCGCUUCUGUGAAGAAAGACAUCAUCUGUAAAGCCUGCAAAGCCAAGGAGGUAUCCAUUCUGUUAAUGCCAUGUAGACAUUUCUGUUUGUGUAAAGAGUGUCAAGCCUUUGCCACAGUUUGUCCUGUCUGUCAGAUGAUAACAACCGCUAGCUUCGAGGUCUAUCUAUCUUGAAUAUCAAUCAAAUAUUUAACUUAUAUAAAGAAGAAUACUCAGCUCUCUAUAUCUAA